AAGAAGCAUUGAAACGAAUUUUGCUGCAUAUGUAUAUUCAAUAUUUAUUAAUAAAGUUUAUAUUCUCCUUUACAAAUGACUUGUCGAUUGUGCUUGCGCACUUUAAUACCGGAAAAUGCCAUUUGUUUAUUUGAAUCUCCUGAAAAGGAGACGAAGCUUGUUAAGUUAAUAGCAAAAUACUUACAUUUGGAGAUAACGCAGGAUGACCCGAUAUCAACUUCAUUGUGUGAAGAUUGCAGUGAUCAUUUGGAAGAAUUUCACAAAUUCUGGACCUAUGUCGAUUUAAAGCAGAGUUCGUUGGGUAGUGAAUUCCUCGCAGUUAAAUGCAGUGAAAUAAAGAAAGACGUAUCGGUAUUAAUUGAUGUCAGUGAGGAGAAUGCUGAUAGCCAAGAAGAAAUACUGCUAGAUUUAAAAGAUAUACCAGCACCAGAAACUUAUGACAGCAGCAACAUUGACAUAGUGCCGGUGCCCGAAAACAUAAGUGUUACCCCAGAUAUCAAAUUGGAUGUCGAUGUAGAUUCGUAUAAUAAUUUAGAAGUCGAUUCAGAUUGGAAAAAUGAAGACGAAUCGUUUGAUGAUGAUAUUCCAUUGUUAAGCUUAAAGGAUAAAUUACAAAAAAAUUCUUCAAGUCGAACUAAAAUUAUUGUGAAAAAUCAUGUUCGUAUAAAAAAGAUCGGCCAAAAGUGUAAGAAGGAGCAGUCUUCUACUGAGAAGCAAGGAUUGAGAACGGAAGCUGCGAAACGAAAUGAAGAAAUAAUUGGAAAUUGCAUGCUUUUGAAUUGUGAUCUGUGUAAUGUGUGUGUUGAAAAUUACAACGAUCUUCGAUUGCAUUUCACACAAGUACAUAACAGAACAACAUAUGUGAAGUGUUGUGGAAAAACAUUCCGUAAACCAAACAUAUUAGCUGAACACGUUCAAUGGCAUACGGAUCCCAGUAAAUUCAAAUGUGAUAUCUGUGGCAAACAGUUGCGGUCUAGCAAGUGCCUGGCAAGUCACAUGAAAAUGAUCCAUUCCAAAAAGGAAGAACAUAGUGAAAAAGUAUGCUGCCCUAUUUGUUCGAAGGUAUUUCGGGGGCAGAAAUGUCUCGACAAUCACAUACGAAGACAUAAAGACGAUAGAGAAUAUCCCUGUGAAAUAUGUAACAAAAGCUUUGCAAACCCGCAACGCUUACGUAAACAUAUUGAGGCCAUACACGAGAACCUCCACCGCCAUAUAUGUGACAUAUGUGGUAAAGCAUUUAAAUUCAAACCCUCAUUUGAAAGGCACGUGCUUGAGCACCAAGGCAUAAUAGAGCCACCGGUUCAAUGUGAUAUAUGUGGAGAGUGGUCUAAGAAUAAGCAUGUUCACAGGCUGCAUCAAUUUAAACACAAUAACAUUGACACGGACUGUAAGUUUUGUGGACGCAAAUGCCGCUCGCGCACUGCGUUGCGAGGUCACAUCAAUUAUAUGCACAAGAAAAAGUAUGAUUUACAAUGCAGCUUUUGCGACAAAACUUUCAAAGAGACUAGAAACCUAGAAGAACAUAUGGCUACGCACACGGGUGCACAAUUAUAUUCUUGUCCGCAUUGUUCCAAGGAAUGCCGCUCAAGGUCGAACAUGUACGUUCAUAUUAAACGUAUGCACGUGAAUGAAUGGUUUCAAUCGAAAGUGGCGCGUUCAAAUGAUCCAACACUGAGAGUGGAAAACGUCAGCUGAAAUUAUUUAAUAUUUAUGUAAGGUGGUUGCUACCGUUUUUUUUUUUUCCUUUUUUCAUGGAAAAUGUAAUAUAAAUACA